CGGAGAUGCCUUGGAGAAUUUUGACGUUUACCACCACAUGUGCAUUCCGGUUGGCCGGACAACAGCGCACGCAAAAAAAAAAAAAAAAAAAAAUCUGAUUAAUUGCAAUUACGUGUGAGAUUAUAAAGGCGAGUGUUGUCAUGCUCUAAACAGUCACAAAGACAGCUGGUCACUCCCUCCUCGUGAGCAAGAAAGAGGAUGAGUUGGAGCAGGGGAGGUAAACGCGGAGCACUCAGUGAUUGACGGUGGGAGUGUGAUUGCUCAGUUGAGGUUGAGUUGGAGACACUUCAUCGCUGCGCGAUUGCACAACAGAUCAUCUAUAGAGUGAAAUAUUCUCUAAUUGCUCUACUACUGGGUACAAGUCGCAAAGCACCGGGAAACAGAUAUGUUUUACUUUCACUGUCCUCCACAGUUAGAGGGAGAGUGCUGCAGGACGAACACGCUGAAUACAAAUGGGUUUGGGAAUCACGCCACUGGAGACUUUGAUGACGGUUUUCUGCGCAGAAAGCAACGCAGAAACAGGACAACCUUCACCUUACAACAGCUGGAAGCUUUAGAGGCAGUUUUUGCACAGACCCACUAUCCAGACGUUUUUACAAGAGAAGAGCUGGCUAUGAAAAUUAACCUAACAGAGGCCCGAGUCCAGGUGUGGUUUCAAAACCGAAGGGCAAAGUGGAGAAAAACAGAGAGAGGAACUUCAGACCAUGAGGGAGGCAAAGAGCAAAUCAGUGAAGGCACCCCUCCUGCACGAAACCUGAACCAGUCUCCUGUUGACCACAGCAGAAAUAAGAAAGACCCGAUGGAAAUACAGCAAAGUAUUAACAGAGUGGUUGGUUCAGGUGGAUCUUUUUUCCCAUCUUGUCUGCCUGGUACUCUGCUUAACACAGCUACUUAUGCACAAGCCUUGUCACAGGUUGCAACUUUAAAAGGAAGUCCGUUGUGUUCCUGCUGUGUGCCUGACCCAAUGGGCCUCUCCUUCCUGCCACCAUAUGGAUGCCAGAGUAACCGGACAGCCAGUGUUGCAGCCCUGCGCAUGAAGGCCAGAGAACACUCUGAGGCAGUGCUGCAGUCAGCCAACCUGCUGGGGGUAGGGUCUGCAACUGGGCCAGGGGUCGGGCUGGGCCAAAGCUCUGUUGCUGCUGGAGGAGGUGAUUCCAGUCCUAACUCUGCUGCAUCUAAGAUCACAUCACAACGAAGAACUCCAGACAAGCACCUGCAUUGCCAAAAGGAGGGUCCAGAUAAGAAAUGAGGGAGUAUUUUUUUUCCCACAUGGAGGACAUACUUUGGAUUUAUAAUCAAACAUUGAAUGCCUGCUGCCUCUUUUUUGAGCACUGACAUACUGUGGACAGGAUGGUGUUAAGUGCAAUCCCUUGAUGUGUAUUUUGUGUGUAUGUGUGUCAAACUAUUAAUUAAAUUGUAAUUUGUCUCUCAUUGUUCAAUUUGCUCCGAUGGUUGGCAAUGGGUUGCCCUACUCUUGGGACAGUACAUGUGGGUACUUGGCACUGUAAUCCGUUUUCUAGUUUUUAAUUUUUUUUCAACAUGCUGUGUUUAAAGAAAUUGCCCUGGUUGCCAAUGUGAAUUUAUUUAUUUAUUUUUCACAAUCCACUUUGAUGUUUUACUUAUACUGCCUUGUGUACUGUGAAGUCAGGUGAUGGUAAACAUUGCAUUGUGUUAAUAUAUAUGCCAUGCUGAAAUCUAAAUGUACUAAUGUGAAAUAAUAUAUGUAAAAUAAUAUCAAGGACAGAAAUGUAUAUUAAGUGGUUUGUCAUGUUUUAUGAUAUGAUCUGGCUACUUAUCCAUGCUGAUGUGAUGACAACUGACACCUCUCUUGUUGUCACAUCUGCACGUCUAUGAUAGACUGCAAGAGUCCACACACUGGUCCUGUUUUGACAUGUUCUAUAAAACAAUUAAACAUGUAGGCAAUCA